ACGAAGACGGCACGCAAUUGGCCGAUUCGGAUCGCGCCAUCGCCUCACCAUAAAGUGGCGCGUUCCGUCCCAGAAAUGCACAGUCGCGUUUUGAGUGCGAGCUAGUGUGGAUGUACCAUUAGCCGGCCAUUUCGAACUUAGUAACGGCGCUAGCAUAAUCGCGAUCGACACACACAUUUUUUGUUUUUUUGGCGAGAUUUUUGAAGUUUUAUUCAGGAAUUUUGCCCCCCUGUAGGCUGUGAUAGUAUUGUUUGGAUCCAGCUCUGUGUGUCUGACCCAUCGGCUUGGACUAGCGAAUUAUUGGCAUAAAGAAAAGCGACAGUAUCCCAACACGAUGCCAGCUAGAGCAGACACCCACAUCCAGAACGGAGUGAAAUCGAAUGACGAUGUGGUGAUUACUGGAAUCUCCGGUCGCCUGCCCGAAAGCAACUCCAUCGAAGAGUUCAAGCAACAGCUCUUCGAAGGGGUGGAUUUGGUCACUGACGAUCCCCGAAGAUGGCCGACUGGACUCUACGGCCUACCCACCCGAACUGGAAAACUGAAGGAUUUAUCCAAGUUCGAUGCUUCGUUCUUUGGGGUGCAUGCCAAGCAGGCCCACGUGAUGGACCCGCAACUUAGAAUGCUUCUGGAAUUGACCCACGAAGCCAUUGUGGAUGCCGGAAUCAACCCCAACGACGUGAAAGGCUCACGCACAGGGGUUUUUAUUGGGGUCUCCGACUCGGAGUCCAGCGAGUUCUGGACCGCACAGGAUCCAGACACUAUCAACGGAUAUGGAUUGACUGGAUGCUGCCGCGCCAUGUUCCCCAACAGGAUUUCCUACACUUUCGACUUCAAAGGGCCCAGCUAUGCAAUCGACACGGCCUGCUCCAGUUCGCUCUUUGCCUUCCAGCAGGCUGUAAAUGCCAUCCAGACUGGGCAGUGCGACUCUGCCAUUGUGGGCGGCGUCAAUCUGCUGCUUAAGCCCACCUCCUCGCUCCAGUUUCACAGAUUGGGGAUGUUGUCGCCUACCGGCACGUGCAAAGCCUUCGAUGCUACGGGAAAUGGAUACGUGCGCUCCGAAGCGGCCGUUGUGGUGUUUCUUCAAAAGGCCAGCGUCGCUCGCAGAGUCUACGGAACGGUUUUGGCCGCCAAAACCAAUGUGGACGGCAACAAAGAGCAAGGAAUCACGUUCCCUUCGGGCGCAAUGCAGAACCGCCUAAUCAAGGAAACCUACGAAGACCUGGACAUCAGUCCAAACGACGUUGUGUAUGUGGAGGCGCAUGGAACCGGCACCAAAGUAGGCGACCCACAGGAAGUGAAUUCGAUUGCGGACUUUUUCUGCAAAAACCGAUCAACGCCCCUCUUGAUUGGCUCCGUUAAGUCGAACAUGGGUCACUCAGAGCCCGCUUCCGGGCUCUGCUCGCUGGCCAAGAUUGUCAUUGCAAUGGAAAGCGGCGUCAUUCCGCAGAACUUGCACUUCAAGAGCCCCAACAAGGACAUUCCCGCGCUGAACGAUGGACGAUUGAAGGUGGUCGCGCAGAACGAGCCGUGGAACGGAGGAAUUGUGGCGAUGAACUCCUUUGGGUUCGGAGGUGCAAACGCACACAUCGUGAUCAGGUCCAACCCGAAGCCCAAGGAGAACUGGCCGCCCGGCCCAAUCCCUCGCGUAGUUGGGGUUUCCGGUCGUACUGAGGAAGCUGUGAAGAAUUUCCUGAGCAAAGUGAACCUGCAUAAAGACGAUGAGGAGUUCCUGGCCUUAGUUGACCAGGUGCACUCGAAGAACAUCAACGGGCACUUCUACAGAGGGUACUCCGUGUUGAAGGAGGAACCAAUAGUCGAGGUGAACUCAGUGGGAACCGACCGGCGCCCCAUUUGCUUUGUCUUCUCGGGCAUGGGCUCCCAAUGGGCUGGAAUGGCCAAAGACCUGAUGCAGCUGCCAGUAUUCCGGCAGUCAAUCGACCGCUGCUCCGCAGCCCUCAAACCGCACGGCGUCAACUUGGAGGACAUCAUUGUGAACGGAACCAACGACACCUUCGACAACGUGCUGAACUCCUUCGUAUCCAUCGCCGCCAUGCAGGUGGCGCUUACUGAUGUUCUGAAAGCCGUGGACAUUGAGCCAGACUUCAUAGUGGGACACUCGGUAGGCGAAGUGGGCUGCGCCUACGCCGAUGGCACCUUGACGGCUGAACAGGCCAUUCUGGCCGCCUACAGUAGGGGGCGCGCGAUUCUGGAGAGCAAACUCCCCGUGGGAGCGAUGGCUGCCAUCGGACUAACCUGGGAGGAGACCAAGGCCCGAUGUCCUCCGGAGAUUUUCCCCGCUUGCCACAAUAGUGAGGAUUCGGUGACCAUUUCCGGGCCCCCGGAUGCAAUCAACAAGUUCGUGGCUCAGCUGCAGGCCGAGAACGUCUUUGCUAAGGCGGUGAACAGCUCAGGAACGGCGUUCCACAGUAAAUACAUCGCGGAGGCCGGACCGAAGCUGAGGACGGCCCUGGAUGCCAUCAUCCCCAACCCCAAGCCCAGGACUCCCAGGUGGAUUUCCUCUUCUAUUCCGGAGGCGGCUUGGGGAACGCCGCUGGCCCAACAAUCAAGCGCCGCCUACCACGUGAACAACCUGCUCUCCCAGGUGCUAUUCCAGGAGGCGCUUGCUCACGUCCCAAAGGACGCCAUAGCGAUUGAGGUGGCCCCUACUGGCCUACUCCAGGCCAUCCUGAAGCGAGCCUUAGGGGCGACCGCCACCAACAUUUCCCUAGUAAAGCGGGGCUUUGCCGACAACAUCGCUUUCUUGACAUCGGCGCUGGGGAAGAUCUACGCCGCUGGUGCUCAGCCCAGUCUGGGCAGUUUGUACCACCCAGUGAGUUUCCCUGUGGGCAGGGGCACGCCCAUGAUAAACUCGCUGAUUGAAUGGGACCACUCCACCGAGUGGUCAGUGGCCAGCUUUGCAGGCAAAGGCUCCAGAUCAGGAGAGUUGGUGAUUGAUGUGGAUCUGAGCAAAGAGUCUGAUGCUUUCCUGGCGGGACACACCAUUGAUGGCCGUGUGCUCUUCCCAGCCACUGGCUAUUUGACUUUGGUCUGGAAAAGCUUCGCAAAGUUGCGCAAUGAAGACUACGAGCUGCUGCCCGUUCUUCUGGAAGACGUUCAGUUCCAUAGGGCGACCAUUCUCCCUAAGGAAGGCUCCGUUAAGUUCCUGAUCAACAUCUUUGAAGGCACCGGGGAGUUCGAGCUGUGCGAAGGCGGCUCGGUGGCCGUUACCGGAAAAAUAUCCGUUCCAGAGGAUCCUUUCAAGGAAGCCCUGGACUUGCCCAAACCGUCGCCUCAAACCGAACAGGACGUGCUGCCGCUUAGCUUGCCCGACAUCUACAAAGAGCUGCGUUUGCGCGGCUACGACUAUGGCGGCAUUUUCCGCGGUAUCGCUGAAAGCGACAACAGAGGCACCAGUGGGAAGCUCAAGUGGGAGAACAACUGGAUCAGCUUCAUUGACACCAUGCUGCAAUUCUCCAUCCUGGGGCAGAGCACCAGGGAGCUGUACCUGCCAACCCGCUUGCAACGCGCCUUCAUCAACCCCAAAGAGCACCUGAGAGCUGUCCAGAGCUUGUCCGAAGGACAGGGAGUGGAGGUGAACAUGUACCGCAACAUCGGCGUGAUCAAAUCGGCCGGCAUUGAACUCAGAGGAAUGAAGGCCAGUCUAGCGCCGCGAAGACAACAGGCGCAAGCCGCUCCCAAGCUGGAAAAAUACCAGUUUGUCCCACUGCAAAACCAAAGCAACGGCGAGGACGUGGAGAAGGCGCGAGCUAACGCUCUGACUGUCCUCAGCCAAUUGGUGUUGGAGAAUUCCUCUGGCGCCUCCAAGCUGAAGAUCACAGAGUAUCUGAACGAGAAGCCCAUUGAAGCGUCGCUCUUGGCGCAAAUCACGGAGAUUCUGGAAAGCGAGCCCAUGAUAGCAAUUGAUCCCACUGUCGUCUCCAACGCCCCGGUGGACGUGGCGCUUCUAGAACCAUUCGGCGGCAAGAACGUGGUAAAAGACGUGCGCUCUGCUCCCAUAGACUCCAACGUCCAUCUGGUAAUCAUCAGCGACGCACUCGUCUACAACCAAACCGUCCUGGUUGAGAACGCCAAGGCCUCCAUCAAGGAGGGCGGGUUCGUGCUCCUGGAGGAAGCCAAAGGCCCGGUAGAUGCCAAACAACUGGCAGCCUUAGGCCUGGAAGUGGUCAGCACCCAAUCCACCGCCACAAAGACCUACAUUCUCCUAAGGCCCCCGGUUGAGGUCGCCGCCGACUCCAUUCUAGUGCAAGUGACCGAGGAGGACUUCAAGUGGGUGGAGCCGCUGAAGGAGGCCCUGGAUCAGGCGGAAAGCACUGGCGCCAAAGUUUACGUCUACGUCUAUGGCGAGAAACUCACUGGACUGGUGGGCUUGGUGAAUUGCCUGACGCGCGAACCGGUAGGAGGCAGCAAAGUGCGCUCUGUUUUCAUCCAGGGCGCGGCCGCCCCCAAGUUCAGCCUCAAGGCCUACGAAAAGCAACUGAAGCUGGACCUGGUGCACAACGUGCUGAAGAACAACACAUGGGGAAGCUAUCGGCAUUUGCUCCUGGAGCAAAGCGCCGACUCAGGCACGCUCCAAGUGGAACACGCCUACAUCAACACCCUGACCAGAGGAGACCUGGCCAGUUUGAGGUGGAUCGAAGGACCUUUGUCCUACUACAAGGGAGAUGACCCCAACAGUGAACUGUGCCACGUCUACUACGCCCCCUUGAACUUCCGCGACAUUAUGUUGGCUACUGGCAAGCUUCCACCAGAUGCCCUGCCUGGGGACCUCGCCGGCCAAGAUUGUAUCUUGGGAUUGGAGUUCUCUGGAAGAGACACCAGUGGGCGCCGAGUGAUGGGCAUGGUGGCGGCCAGAUCGCUGGCCACCACUGUCCUGGCCGACCCCUCGUUCCUGUGGGAAGUUCCCGAGAAAUGGAGCCUGGAAGAAGCAGCCACCAUUCCAGUCGUCUACGGCACCAGCUACUACGCGCUGAUAGUCAGAGGCAGGAUGCAACCGGGCGAAUCUGUGCUGGUGCAUGCAGGAACUGGAGGUGUUGGUCAGGCUUCCAUCGCCAUUGCUCUUCACAUGGGCUGCCAGGUCUUCACCACUGUAUCCAGCCAGGCCAAGCGGGACUUUUUGAAGAAAACCUUCCCGCAGUUGACUGAUGACAAUAUUGGCAACUCGCGUGAUACAAGCUUCGAGCAAUUGGUGCUCACGCAGACCAAAGGCCGAGGGGUGGACUUGGUGUUGAACUCUUUGGCGGCACAUCAGCUGCAGGCCUCAGUCCGAUGCUUGGCCAUUGGGGGGCGGUUCCUCGAAAUCGGCAAGGUGGACCUGAGCAACAACAGCCCCUUGGGAAUGAGUGUGUUCCUCAAAAACACCACCUUCCACGGUAUUCUGUUGGACGCCCUCUUUGACUCAGAGAGCGCGGAGAAAAUGGAAGUUCGCCGACUAGUGACGGAGGGGAUCAAGUCGGGGGCCGUGCGCCCACUCCCCAACACAGUCUACAACGAAAACCAGGUGGAGCAGGCCUUCAGAUUCAUGGCCUCUGGCAGGCACAUCGGCAAAGUACUGUUGAAAAUCAGAAGCGAGGAGUCGAGAAAAACGCAGCAAACCGUGCUGAAGACCGUGCCCGCGAUUCCCCGCACCUACAUGAACCCGGAAAAGAGCUACGUUCUGGUGGGCGGCUUGGGAGGCUUCGGCUUGGAACUGGCCGACUGGCUGGUGAAGCGGGGAGCGAAGAAACUCGUCCUCACUUCCAGAAGCGGUGUCAAAACCGGCUACCAAUCGCUGCUAAUCAGGCGUUGGCGUGAAUCCGGAGUGACCGUUUGGGUGUCCACUUCGGAUGCCACCUCAGCAAAGGGGGCCCGACGUCUGUUGGAGGAAGCCAGCGAAUUGGGCCCGGUGGGCGGUAUUUUCAAUUUGGCGGUGGUGCUACGGGACGCCAUCCUCAGCAACCAAUCGGAGGCCGACUUCAAGACGGUGGCCAAACCCAAAGUAGAUGGCUCCAAGCAAUUAGACGCUGCCUCCAGAGCUCUCGCUCCACAGCUGGACUACUUUGUUAACUUUUCAUCUGUGUCUUGCGGUCGCGGCAACAUCGGCCAGACGAACUACGGCCUGGCCAACUCUGCUAUGGAGCGCAUCGCUGAAGCCAGACAAGAGGCUGGAUUGCCUGGAGUGGCGAUCCAAUGGGGAGCCAUUGGGGAUGUGGGAUUGAUCCUUGAAAGCCUGGGCGGCUUGAACGAUACGGAAGUGGGAGGCACUUUGCCUCAGAGAAUGACUUCUUGUUUGGCGACAAUGGAUACUUUCCUGCAGCAGCCGCACGCUGUGGUGGCCAGUAUGGUGCUGGCAGAGAAGCGCAAAGCUUCCAGCUCCAAUCAAGUGAGUCUCACGGACGCUGUAGCCAACAUUUUGGGCAUCAAAGACACCAGCACUGUUGCCUCAGUUGCCACGUUGGCCGACCUUGGCAUGGAUUCCCUGAUGGGGGCUGAAAUCAAGCAGACCCUCGAGAGAAACUAUGAUCUGGUGCUGAGCGCACAGGAGAUUCGCAGCUUGACCUUUGGAAAACUCCAGUGGCUGAGCAGCGGCGAGGCUUCCGCCCCAGCCGCAGCCGGAAAAGCCGACGAUAAUCUCGUAACAUUCGAAAGCCUUGUCGAACUGAUGCCCAGCAAGACCUUGGUGCAAGUGCCCAGCAAAUCAAGCGACAACCAAAAGGCUCCAGUGUUCGUGGUGCAUCCCAUCGAGGGAGUCAUUGACGCUCUGAAGUCCUUUGCUCAGAAAGUGGACGCUCCAGUGUUCGGCUUGCAGUGCGUAAAGGACGCGCCUCUGGACAACAUCACUGACCUUGCCAGGUUCUACAUCAAGGAGGUCCGGACUGUGCAAACUAAGGGGCCCUACACUUUGGUGGGGUAUUCGUUUGGCGCCGUCGUGGCCUUUGAAAUGGGCGUGCUGCUGGAGAAGGAGGGCGAGAAAGUGCGGCUGUUCUUCAUUGAUGGCUCGCCCAGCUACGUGGCCACUCACACUGGCAAGGCCAGGUCCAAGAUCCGCCAAAGCGAAGUAGCCGAGGAGAGCGAAGCUCUCUGCUUCUUCAUCUUGCAGUUCAAGGAAGUGGAUCAACAGAAGGUGGUCCAGGAACUAGCUGGUCUCAAAUCUCUUAACGAGCGAGUUGUCAGGACGGUGCAAAUCCUGGAAAAAGCGACACCGUUCUCUGGAGAACAAGUGAGCGCCGCAGCGCUCAGUUUCUUCUUAAAACUGAAGGCAGCCGACCAGUACAAGCCGGUGGAAAAGUUCAGCGGUUCAGUUACUUUGGUGAAAGCCAAAGACAACUUUGUGGAGUACGACGAGGACUACGGCCUGUCCAAGGUGUGCAAAUCCAAGCCAGUGAUCGAGGUUUUAAGCGGCAAUCACCGAAGUAUUCUCACUGGAAACACGGUCGAGCAGCUAGCGAAUAUUCUCCACCAGCGCGUUUUAUCCGCGUAAAGUGAGUAGAACGUCUCAAUUAUAUCACGGUUUGUUCCAAAGAUACGAACACUUUCACCCAUGACAUUUUCGAUGCAUUCCAAUGUUUCGGUUAAUCUUCUAUGUUUGUUUUUUUGUAUAUAUCUACAUACCUACUAAGUAGCGUUCUAGUUUCUAGCGAUAGGUUUAAUUUAUUUUUCUAAUAAAACUUGUAACAAAUCAAAAAAAUCAAAACCCUUGGUUUUUCGUGAUAAAAAUCCGAACUAACUUUAGAUUUUAAGUAAGUUACGACUUGUUGUAGUCUGCUGGACGGAUUGAUAUUAGUUUUAAGGAUACUACGCUUUGGUUUGUUAAAUGGCAUUUUGCUGAUUAGUUUGUGAGCGGCUUUUGAAGCUUGUCGGGUGUGUUGCUUCGCCUGACGCGGUUCAGACUGCCGAAUUUGUACAUUCAGUAGCAAAAUACAUUAAAAAUAUGAACAAA